CAAGUAGUGGAGAUCCACAGUUAAGAUGCCAGGACCCCCUGGAAGCCUAGAAAUGGGAGUGUUGACAUUUAGGGAUGUGGCCGUAGAAUUCUCUCUGGAGGAGUGGCAAUGCCUGGACACUGCACAGCAGAAUUUAUAUAGGAAUGUGAUGUUAGAGAACUACAGAAACCUGGUCUUCCUGGGUAUUGCUGCCUCUAAGCCAGGCCUGAUCACCUGUCUGGAGCAAGGAAAAGAACCUUGGAAUGUGAAGAGACAUAAGAUGGGAGCUGCACCCCCAGUUGUAUGUCCUUAUUUUGCCCAAGACCUUUGGCCAAAGCAGGGCAUAAAAAAUUAUAUCCAAAAAGUGAUACUGAGAAGAUAUAAAAAAUGUGGACCUGAAAAUUUACAGCUAAGAAAAUACUGUAAAAGCGUGGAUGAGUGUAAGGUGUGCGAAGAAUGUUACAAUGGACUUAGCCAGUGUUUGACAAUUGCCCAAAACAAAAUAUUUCAAUGUGACAAAUACAUGAAAGUCUUUCAUAAAUUUUCAAAUUCAGACAGACAUAAGAUAAAACAUACUGGAAAGAAAGCUUUCCAACGUAAAGAAUGUGAAAAGUCAUUUUGUGUGCUUUCACACUUAGCUCAACAUGAAAGAAUUCAUACUGGAGAGAAACCCUACAAAUGUAAAGAAUGUGGGAAAGCCUACAAUGAGGCCUCAAACCUUUCUACACAUAAAAGAAUUCAUACUGGAAAGAAAUCCUACAAAUGUGAAGAGUGUGGAAAAGCCUUUAACCGGCUUUCACACCUUACUACACAUAAGAUAAUUCACACUGGAAAGAAACCCUACAAAUGUGAGGAGUGUGGCAAAGCUUUUAACCAGUCUGCAAACCUUACUACACAUAAGAGAAUUCAUACUGGAGAGAAACCCUACAAAUGUGAAGAAUGUGACAAAGCUUUUAACAAUUCCUCAGCCCUUACUAUGCAUAAGAGAAUUCAUACUGGAGAGAAACCCUACAAAUGUGAGGAAUGUGGCAAAGCUUUUUGCGGGUCCUCAACCCUUACUACGCAUAAGAGAAUUCAUAGUGGAGAGAAACCCUACAAAUGUGAAGAAUGUGGCAAAGCCUUUAAGCAGUCCUCACACCUUACUACACACAAGAUAAUUCAUACUGGAGAGAAGCCCUACAAUUGUGAAGAAUGUGGCAAAGCUUUUAACAAUUUCUCAACCCUUAUGAAACAUAAGAUAAUUCAUACUGGGGAGAAACCCUACAAAUGUGAAGAAUGUGGCAAAGCUUUUAACAAUUCCUCAACCCUUAUGAAACAUAAGAUAAUUCAUACUGGGGAGAAACCCUACAAAUGUGAAGAAUGUGGCAAGGCUUUUAGCAAGUCCUCAAACCUUACUACACAUAAGAGAAUUCAUACUGGAGAGAAACCCUACAAAUGUGAAGAAUGUGGCAAAGCUUUUAGCAAGUCCUCAACCCUUACUACACAUAAGAGAAUUCAUAGUGGAGAGAAACCCUACAAAUGUGAAGAAUGUGGCAAAGCUUUUAGCAAGUCCUCAACCCUUACUACACAUAAGAGAAUUCAAGCUGGAGAGAAACCCUACAAAUGUGAGGAAUAUGGCAAAGCUUUUAGCCAGUCCUCAACCCUUACUACACAUAAGAGAAUUCAUACUGGAGAGAAACCCUACAAAUGUGAAGAAUGUGGCAAAGCUUUUAACAAGUCCUCAACACUUACUACACAUAAGAGAAUUCAUAGUGGAGAGAAACCCUACAAAUGUGAAGAAUGUGGCAUAGCUUUUAACAAUUCCUCAACCCUUACUACACAUAAGAGAAUUCAUACUGGAGAGAAACCCUACAAAUGUGAAGAAUGUGGCAAAGCUUUUAGAAAGUCCUCAACCCUUACUACACAUAAGAGAAUUCAUACUGGAGAGAAACCCUACAAAUGUGAAGAAUGUGGCAAAGCCUUUAGCCAGUCCUCAAACCUUACUACACACAAGAUAAAUCACUGGAGAAAACUUUUACAAGUGUGA